GACCGGGGCACCGGGGGAGGGACGGAGGGAGGGGCGGUGGCGGCGGCGGUGGCGGUGCCGGGCCGGGCCGGGCCGGGCCGGACCGGACCGGACCGGACCGGACCGGGAGGUGGAACGUGCGGCCCCGCUGAACCCGCCGCGGGGCCUGCGGGAGCAGCAUGGCCGCCAGCCUGUGGAUGGGGGACCUGGAGCCCUAUAUGGAUGAAAACUUUGUUUCAAGAGCCUUUGCCACCAUGGGAGAGCUUGUACUGAGUGUAAAAAUCAUUCGAAACAGGUUGACAGGAAUUCCAGCAGGAUAUUGCUUUGUAGAAUUUGCAGAUCUAGCUACUGCAGAGAAGUGUUUACACAAAAUCAAUGGAAAGCCACUUCCUGGUGCUACACCAGCGAAGCGAUUUAAAUUGAAUUAUGCAACAUAUGGAAAACAGCCUGAUAACAGCCCAGAAUAUUCCCUUUUUGUGGGAGACCUGACUCCUGACGUAGAUGAUGGGAUGUUAUAUGAAUUUUUUGUUAAAGUUUAUCCAUCGUGUAGAGGUGGAAAAGUUGUUUUGGACCAGGCAGGAGUAUCCAAAGGUUAUGGGUUCGUGAAAUUCACAGAUGAACUGGAACAGAAGAGAGCACUGACAGAGUGUCAGGGAGCUGUGGGAUUGGGCUCUAAACCUGUACGCUUGAGUGUGGCUAUACCAAAAGCUAAUCGUGUGAAACCAAUGGAGUACAAUCAGAUGUACAACUAUAAUUACAACCAGUAUUACCAACAGUAUCACAGCUACUACGCUCAGUGGGGGUACGAUCAGAACACGGGCAGUUACAGCUACAGCUACCCCCAGUAUGGCUACACGCAGAGCACCAUGCAGAUGUAUGAAGAAGUUGGUGAGGAUGCAUUGGAAGAUCCCACGCCUCAGUUAGAUGUGCAUGAAGCAAACAAGCAGUUUAUGGAACAGAGUGAAGAGCUCUAUGAUGCCUUGAUGGACUGUCAUUGGCAGCCUUUGGACACUGUCUCGUCAGAGAUCCCAGCUGUGUUAUAGCCUCGUUGCUGAGGCAUUGUGUCUGUGAGACAUCCUGCCAGUGCACUCCAGACUGUUCUGCUGCCCUUGGAUUCUGCAGUAGUGAGGGGUGGCUCUUUCCCCACCCAGGUUUGGUACUCGGAGUACAGGAGGACUGUGGCCUUUCCUGUAGAGAACAAGUAUUGUAGGAGCAUCAUGGUAACUUUCAUUCAUGAUGAAAAUUAGAACUGCGAUGGUUUUAUUCUUUUUGUCUUGAAAUGAACUCUUAAUACUUACUGGGAAUUGUAAUUUAUAAACUUUCAACAAGAUGGCACAGGGGAGAGACUCUACUCCAUCGUACAAUAAAAAAGUUGGUCUUUUAAGUAAAAUGACCCUUUGCAUUUUGGUUCCUGCCCAUCUUUCUGUUUUGCUGCCCAUUCAACUGUUUUAAGUUAUUUGACUCAACGCUCAUGAAUGUGUUAUUUCAAAAAAGAUCAUUGUUGGACACCACUAAAAUAUCUCAAAAUCUUUCCAGUGACUGGGUAAGGUUGCUGUAAUUUGAGCACGGGAUGAAAGCUUAUAUUGUGGUUUACUUAGGCUGUGAUCUUGAGUUUGCAAGUUCUAAAGCAAUCAACCCAAAGAGCGCUUUGGAGAGCAAAGAUAGAAAGGAGUGUUAUAAAGCUACAGAUUGAUGCCUUUUACCUGGUGAUCUCUUGUACGCUUGGCCUUCUUCUCCACCUGUGUAUGAGGAAAUAAUUCCCCAUCAACCAGCAGCUUAAAACACUUUUUCCAGCAACCGUACUUAAAUAUUAUUUUGUGUAUCAUGCCUUUAUUUGUUUUUAUUAUGGACACACCUUGAUGGUCUCAUUGAGAUGUUGAGAUUUUGUAGUGUCUUCCACUGUCCAGUCAGAGUGAAACUGAAGAUCUUGCAGCAAAAACGGGUCAGAGCAAUUACAUUGAUAUAUUGUUCAACAAAUGGUUGUUAACCUGGAAAGCGGUUUGCUACUGGAUGUCGUAUAAGCUGGAUGGACAAGCAAUAUAUGUAAGCUGAUAUGUUGCAUUAGAGGUGAAAGUGAAAACAAUAGCACUUAUAUACAUGUUAUAAGCCCUUUUUCAGGCUUUUGUGCCUUAAACUCUUGGAGAAAUAGGAACAGAGAAACUACCUGUAAUAAAUGUCUAUCCGAGGAAUAGUUUGGUGACUGAAAUUGCUACUGCAGAGCAUUUCAUUGCUUCUCUGCCCAUGUUGAUGCAGAGAUUUGCCACAAGAUUUAAAUACUUUGAUAAAGCUACUUCUGCUA